AUGGCGGAGGUUCUCGGAACAGUUGUUGGAGUCGUCUCCCUCGGCAUCCAGGUGAGCUCGGCAAUCAGUGCAUACAUCGAAGGAGUCCAGUGCCGCAAAGACGAAGUUGAAUCAACCAUUCGGUAUCGGAGAUCCUUUCAACUGCUUUUAACACAGAUCGGCACGCUCACGGAUAAUCUUCCGAAGUCGUCAGUUCCAAGCACAAUAGCCCUGGAGGAAGCGUUGAAGGCCGCGAGUUCCCAAAUAUUACAACUUGAUUCAUUCUUGGGCAAGGUUCUAAUUCAUGACUCGCCUCUAUCAUUUACAAAAAAAAAGUUGUUCUACCCUUUCCGCAGGGACCAUUUGAGUUCACUGGACAAGAAGCUCCAAGCAAUAAACAUCGCUCUUCAAUCAGCGAUGCAACUGAUGGAACUGUAUGAAACCUGUGCCCUGUUGACGCUGUCACUGCUGACACUACGUAGGGAAAUUUCAAUGGCCACGCAAGUCUCUGUCUGCCAAGUUCAUGAAGAGACCUCAAUUGCAAACACGAUGCUGCUCGAUAUCAAGGCUGACAUCGCCCGGAGUAUUGCGCAAAAUCAAAGCCAUGAUCUGGCGAUUCAGAGCGACAUGGACGAGCUGAAGUCCAUAGUAGAAGCGCUUGUAUCUUCGAGCUCCGACACUAUGUUGACCAUGCAGAGAUUGACAUCAAACCCGGAUGUGCUUAAAACCGUCUGUUCUGGAAUCAGCGACGUUAAACCGAAUCACCCACUGUUUCAAAAGAAUGGAUCUUCUGACAGUAAAGUAUAUGACGAAGCAGAGAACGUCUAUACGAGCUUCUACUGUAAUUGCGAUACUCGACGCCGCCUGAAUCGCAAGGCAUGGCGGUCUGGGCCAGCCCUUUUAGUGAAAGAGGUAGCUGUCAAAAGACCCCAUCUCCCAGGAUGUCCAUUAACUGCCUGCAUUGAUGGACAAAGCAAAUGGACCGCCGAGUUCUCUGCAAACCUGUUUCGAGGGCUCGUUUCAGUAGCGAUAACAAUCACGACUUCAACGAUUCUUGGUGCAGGUGGCUUUUCGAUAUCGCCGUCAUUUACGUAUCUCUCUGUACGAAAUACCAGUCCUGCUCGAGAAGCCAUUCAUCUCCUCGGUCAAGCAUUCAAUGAGAGGGAGUGGAGCGCAAGGGAUUCCCACAACCUGAUGUGGCGUGCCAUCAGGACCAUUCAGACCAGCUUCAACUCCAGGACUUCAUCACCGUUUGACAUUGACAGCGAUGGGAAGACAUUACUACAUGAUGUACUGAUGAUUCAGAUCAACAAUAAUUCGGAAAUGCCGCGAAACGAGAUUUUGAAGUUUUUGGCCAUGGCUGGCGUUCCGCGGGAUCACCCGGACGGACGUGGAAUUUACCCAUUUCAAGCCGCCUUUGGAUCGAUGUUCUACCCGCAAUCUCCAACCCCAGAGACUCUACAGAUGCUCUGCCCAGAUAAUGGCCUGUUAAGUCUCGAUAUUCAACAGGCGGGGAGAGUGUACGAUGGGCAUCCAUCAGAACCGAUCGUACUGCGCAAUAUACCAGCCUUAAAACACGCUCUGGAUCGUAACACGUCUUUGUCGGAGUUGGCUACAUUCGAUGCGUUCGGCAACACUUCUCUGAAUCAUCUACUGUCCUGGCCGGAGGGAUUCAAGCUUGUGCUCGAUAGAUUUGGCAGAGGAGUGUUCGAUGCAUCCGGCGACGCCCUCACGCUGGAUUAUGCGUUGCUUUGGAGUGGUCGUAUUUGUACCAGUGAGCGAUCAACUUUGUGCCAGAGUGACUGCUCAUGUACGAAUGGACUUCGGCUCAUUAUGGAAUCUGACGUCGAAUGUAUUGCUAAAGCCACAAGCGGAAUUCUUUGGAUGAUUUCCGUACUAUACGCAUCCAACAGAGCUCGCGAGAUGGUCAUUGGGCGCCUUAAGGAGGCCAGACAGGAGUUGAAAGAGCUCGCGCUCCUGCUUUUGGCGCCUGAUGAAAUUGAGAAAUGGGACCUCCGGUGCUCCAAAGCAGUGUCAUUGCCGCACUCAAACGAAGGGGACAUGUCGUUCCGCGUCCGCUGGCAACCCAUCGACGAUCUAGGGAAGAUGAAAUGUGGUCAGUCUAUCUCAAUCUGGCUCAUUAUCGUUUCGACGGAGCCCCGGUGGCAGAAACAUUCUAUCGACAUGGUUUCUCUGAUGUAG